AUGAUGGCUCUACGCUGCAGAGGGUCUCUUACCCAGGCUCUGCGUCCAAUCUGCUCUGCUUCGCGUCUGCUGCCCGCUGCUGCCCGUAUUUACCCCAUCUCUUCUCCCCGCCAAAGAUUUUUCCAUGGCUCCCCGGCAUCAUGGGCGAUCAGAUCUCAGGUCCUGAAAGAUGUCGGUGAAGGAAUCACCGAGAUUCAGAUCAUACAAUGGUACGUCCAGGAGGGGGCCAAAAUCGAGGAAUGGAAGCCGUUAUGUCAGUACCAGUCCGACAAAGCGGUCGAUGAUAUAACGUCGAGGUAUGAAGGGGUGAUUAAGAAACUCCACUUCCAGGCGGAUGAAACCGUUCCAACGGGGAUGGCUUUGUGCGAUAUCGAUGUUGAUGAGUCAAAAUACCCCGUCGAAAAUGCAACACCUCCGCCAGCAAUUAAGCCGGCCGCUACACCCCCCCUGCCCCUAGAGCAGCAGCAGGUAAAACAGGAGGUAAAAGAAGGCUCUGCUAUAUCUUUGAAUACUGCAGAAGCACCACCAAAACCCGUUGAGCAGCCCGCAACUCUCAAAUCUAAAUAUGCUACUCUUGCAACCCCAGCCGUUCGUGGCAUGCUAAAGGGGUUGAAUGUCGAUAUACUAAACGUAACCGGAACCGGCAAGGACGGACGAGUGAUAAAAGAAGAUGUCCUCCGAUAUGUGGCGGAACGAGACGCUGGUGCGGUAGAAGUAACGGCAUCCUCGUCAGCAACACCGCAAUCUCCACCAGCCGCACUGGGUAUUAGCACCCCGCAAACAGAGACCUCUACCCCAUUGACCUCAAUUCAAUCUCAGAUGUUCAAAACCAUGACUCGAUCGCUUUCAAUUCCCCACUUCCUCUACGCUGAUGAACUCAACAUCGCCUCCCUAUCCUCCAUACGCAAGAAGCUCGCGAGUCACCCAACCCACCCCCAGAAACUCUCCUACCUCCCCUUCAUCAUCAAAGCUGUCUCUCUCUCCCUCAAUACCUUCCCCCUCCUAAACGCAAGAGUAGACACCACCAACCCAAACAAGCCUUCCCUAAUCAUGCGUUCAAACCACAACAUUGGUGUGGCCAUGGACACGCCGACGGGUCUUCUAGUGCCAAAUAUCAAAAACGUCCAGGCCCGCUCCAUCCUCGAUAUUGCCACGGAACUCGUCCGUCUCACCGAGGUGGCGCGUGCGGGCAAAUUGACCCCCGCAGACCUGAAUGGCGGAACCAUCACGGUGUCCAACAUUGGUAAUAUUGGAGGCACUUAUGUCGGGCCUGUCAUUGUACCGAACGAGGUAGCCAUUCUUGGCAUUGGGAGGGCGAAAAUUGUCCCUGUUUUUGACAAGGCGGGCAACGUGGUUAAGGGCGAGAAGGUGAAUUUUAGCUGGAGUGCGGAUCAUAGAGUUGUAGAUGGGGCGACGAUGGCUAGAAUGGCGGACAGGGUGAGGGGCUAUUUGGAGGAGCCUGAGUUGAUGAUGUUGGCGUUGAGAUAG